AUGGAGACUGCCAACGGUACAGCAGCGGCCCAGAACGGGUCGCCAACUGAGAAUGGGGACUACAAGCUCAAAUUCUGCACUGUUUGCGCCAGUAACAACAACAGAUCCAUGGAAGCUCAUCUCCGACUCUCCCAAGCCAACUAUCCUGUGAUAUCCUUUGGCACGGGCUCUCUCGUGCGGCUACCGGGCCCGACCAUCACCCAGCCGAACGUGUAUCAGUUUAACAAGACAUCUUACGAUAGCAUGUACAAGGAGCUGGAGGCCAAAGAUCCUAGGCUAUACCGCAACAAUGGUAUAUUGAACAUGCUGGGAAGAAAUCGAGGCGUGAAAUGGGGCCCCGAGCGCUGGCAAGACUGGCCCGUCGGGGUGCCCAGGUUGCAGCAUACUAGUGAUAGAGGCAGCGAGGGCACCGAAGGCGGCGUUGUCGACGUAGUUUUUACCUGUGAGGAGCGAUGCUGGGAUGCCGUCAUUGACGAUCUCCUCAAUCGCGGCUCGCCAUUAAACCGGCCGGUCCACGUGAUCAACAUUGAAAUCAAAGAUAACCACGAGGAAGCCCAUAUCGGCGGGCAGGGCAUCCUUGAUCUCGCCAACUCUCUCAAUGCCGCUGCCGCCGAAGAACGAGGUGCCGUGGGGCCGGCGGCCUUUGACAGUGGAAGUGCGGCUGCUCGCGCCAGCUUCGACGAGCGAGUGCCCGAGAUUAUUGGCGCCUGGCAGGAACGCUGGCCCAAUCUCCCCUCGACCUGGACUCUGGCGUGGUUCUAA